AUGUCCUAACCUAAAUUUCCGAAAAUGUCGAAUAAAAGUAAAGAAUUGGUUCAAAAAGAAAAUGCCGUGCAAGCUAUUAUUGUGGUUGACACAUUCGACGAUGAGUUCCUGCCAUUAUCCAACGAUAUACCACACGCACUGUUACCUUUGGUUAACAAACCUAUAAUCGACUAUACUUUGGAGUUUUUAUCUUUGGGAGGAAUAGAGGAAACUUUUUUGUUCUGUUGCACGCACAUAGACGCCAUAAAACAGCACAUUAACAAAUGUGUGGAAAAUGCGGAAGAAUGGACGCAAACAAUGAAAGUAAACGUUGUUGUGUCGGAAAGUUGUCGCUCUUUUGGCGAUUGCUUGAGGGAUUUGGAUGCCAAAGGGUAUUUAAGGGGGGAUUUUGUCCUGGUUGAACCAGGGACCAUUUCUAACAUCAAUCUGUUACCCCUACUUGAGAAACAUAAUAAAAUUACGAAAAUAGAUAAAGGGGCUGCUAUGACAUUAAUUUUUCAAGAAUCUGGUUUAGGUCAUAUUUCAAGGUGUCCCAAAGAGGAGGUUCUUAUGGCCACAAAUUCAAGUGGUAGAGUUUUGUUUCACAAAAAGUUGGGCACUACAAGAGAAAGGAAAAUUGAGUUUCCUUUGGAAAUCUUUCUGGAAAACUCCACAGUCUCUCUAAGGCACAAUUUAAAAGACACGCACAUAUCGAUAUGUUCUCCGGCAGUGUUGCCCCUAUUUUCCGACAAUUUUGACUUUCAAACCAGAGAUGAUUUCGUCAGAGGUUUAUUAAUGAACGAGGAAAUCUUGGGAAUGACUGUGUACAGUAACGUUUUAAAGGGGGGGCAAUUCGGAGGGGCCGUAACCAAUUGGAGAACAUACCAAACAUUAAGCCACGAACUAAAAAAUAAUUACGUGUACCCCGUUCAGCCGUCACAAAAACAUAACAGUUUUCUCAAAAACGACGUCAUCGCCGGCCAAAAUGCAACAAUUUCGAAGUCGGCCAAGUUGAACAACGUUAUAAUGGGGGAUAAUGUGAAAAUAGGCGAAAACGUCGACAUUUCAAACUCUUUUAUUUUUUCCAAUACGAAAGUGGAGGAUAAUGUUACGAUAUCUCUGAGUAUUGUUGGGCCGAAUUGUUUAGUAAAAGAAAAAAGUAAAAUUCUGGCUGGGACUGUUCUAGGGAAAGGCGUUCAGAUUGAAAAGGAGUGCUUUGUUGAGGAUGCUUUGGUGCAAUCUACUAGACCAGAUGAAUUAGAUAGCAGAGACGUUCUGGGUAAACACGCCUUUAGGCUGGUCUUGGACGACAACGAACCCGAAGACGUUGUAGACUUGGCCUUAGCCAGAAAAUUAUCCAGACUGCAUAUCGAUCAAAAUCUCGGAGAAGAGAGUGAAGACGACGGUUUCAGCGAAUCCGAAGAUGAACGGUCGUCUUACACCCAUUCUCCUGCUCCCGAUGAUACAAAAUUGUUCUUUACUGAGGUAAUAGACAGUUUGACUAGAGGGUUUGAGGAUAAAUUGCAGUGUGACAAUCUUAUUCUAGAAAUUAACUCCUCUAGAUAUGCAUAUAAUGUAACUGUUAAAGAGGUAAACUUCUUCGUUAUAAAAGCUAUCUUGAUCAUGUCCUUGAGGCAGCCCAUGGGGCCUCAAUAUUUCUCUCAGUUGCAACGUUUGCUGCAAUACUUUGUUCCGAUCCUGAAGAACUAUUUACGUAACGAAAGCGCCAUGUUGGACUGUCUGCAAGCGGUAGAGGAUGUGGCAACUUCAAAUGAAAACCUCACAGAAAAAUGGGUCAUGUUUGUGCUACAAUACUUCUACGACAAAGACCACGUCACCGAGGACGCCAUAUUGAAAUGGUACAGCACUCUAGACAAAAAAAGUAACUUUCACGCGCAAGUCAAGCCCUUUACUGAUUGGCUACAAGAAGCUGAGGAAGCCUCGUCUUCUGAAGAUGAGUAGUUUGUACUUAGGAAAAAAAUUCAAGAUUGUGUAAUAUA